UUAUAUUUUCAAUGAAAAUAACAGAAAAGAUGAGAAACAUAAACCAUUCAAAUCCUAAUUCUUAUAAAAACUGUUGCGCAGUUACUGAUUCCUAUAAGGAGAUCAAAAGGUUAUGCGAUAAUGAAUAUGCGUGUUGUUUAAAAUGUUUAGACUGUGGAGAUGAUAAAGAAUGUUCAAGUCCUCACAUUUCUCUACUUCCGAUAAUUGAUUGCCAACCUACUCGCCAUGAGAAACCAGUUUGUUUUCAAUUCUAUUACGCCAAAGACAAAAAAGUCUACAGGGGGUGCCAAUUAAUAUUAAAAAGCACACCUGACAUAAAUUCCCAGUGCUACGCAUUUGAGAGGAAAUAUGGUGACGGUGUGGGACAAAGUCUUCUCUCCUGCAAAAUUUGCGAUUACAACACCUGCAACAAUACACCUUUCAACCUUCGCAAUUUCCUCCCCAGAUCAUGAAAUAAAUCUACUCUAAACCUA